CUUCCUCAUCGCGCCAUAAAGCCUUCUUCAUCCCUGCUCAAAUGCUCGUAAAUUCUCUCGUUCCUAAAUAUGCAAUUCUCUCGCCCCUCUCCCUUUCUUCCGUAAAUUCGGGCGAAGAUACUCAUUGACAGUAGGGUUUCACUUUUUUCUUGAUCGAAAAUUAUUUUCGUAAAGCUGAUCUUCCCACCACCACUAUACAUUUAAUCCCAAGAAUCAGCUUCAAAGAAUCCGAUCAGUUUUGAGCACUCCUCUUUGUAUUAGUGAAACAAUGGAUGAAUGGGAAGAUUACGGAACUGCAGAAGCAAACAGCGGUCGAGAUCGACUCAGUGAGUUACCCGACUCUUUAAUUCUUUCAAUCCUUUCAUUGUUGGAUAUGAGAGAUGUUGUUCGGACAAGCAUUUUCUCAAAACGUUGGAGAAAUCUCUGGUCCACCAUCCCCUGCCUUGAAUUCAUCGAACAAACUCCAAGUACUAUUUCUCGUGUUCUUUCACAAUGGAAAUGCCCUAAGAUUCUGAAAUUCCGCUUAUCUUUCCGUAAUUUCACUGAGGGCCUUAGUAUUGAUGUUGAUUCUUGGCUGCUUUUUGCUAUCGAGAAACAAGUGGGAGAGCUUUUUUUAGACUUUUUCAAUAAUGUGCAUGUAUACAGCUUACCUCAGUCCUUGUAUUCAUGCUCGUCUAUUACAAAAUUAACUCUUGAGGAUUGUACGCUGAGAAUUGAGGAGAAUGUGCAGUGGAAUCAACUCAAGAUAUUAAAAUUAGGAUAUCUGAAUCGGUUGAGUGGUGAUGCCAUGAACCAAAUUCUUUUGGGUGCUCCUCGGUUGGAAGAGUUGGUUUUGGAGUAUAUACUAUAUGAUGAUAUUGGUGAAAACGAAAACUUCAAUAUCCGAUCUACUAGUUUGAAGAUGCUGACGAUAAGAGUGGAUCAUGAUUCUCAUUGGCCUAAAACUGCAGUGCUGAGAAUUUGGGCCCCUAAUCUCUUGACUUUUAGUAUUGAUGCUAUUAUUUAUUGUACUUAUUUGUUGGAUGUCCCGUCUUUGACUCAUGCAAUUCUUGAUUUGUCUUACGAUGGAGAUAUAGCAACACGAUUUGAAUUGUUUAAGCAUGUUUUUCGAGGCAUCCGCCUUGUUGAGAAGGUCGAGUUGUUAUCAAAUUGGUUCCUUGAGUUGCUUGUCGAAUUAAAGCACCAAGAUAUGGUUAUGCCGUUGUUAGAUUCUAAGAUUGUAGAGCUCUACUAUAAAGAUUCCAAAGAUAUGCUUGAUUUGGUUGGGAUGAUGUUUCCCAAGCUGGAGAGGUUAAUUGUUCAUCAAUGCAACCAUAAGGAUAUAAUCUCUGUUGAAGAUCUUCCCAUUGCUAUAUGUUAUUCAUUGGUGUCUGCCAAGAUGACUUUUCCCAGUCCCUCUCUUCUCCAUCUAAAGACAUUUGAGGCUACCUGUUCCAUGUGCGACCCUUCAAUAAUUCCGGCAAUAGGAAUUUUGUUGGAAAACGCUCCCGUACUUGAAAAGAUGGUUAUUCGACUAAAACGGCACAAAUCUGAUCCAAAGACAUUCACUUUGGUACGAGAGGCGGUGCUGAGUAUGCCGAGAUCCUCUCCUACUGCACAAGUCAUCAUAAGCUUAGUUCUUAUAUAACUGAUGAGCCAUCCUCUACUUGGAGCUGCGGUAGCAGUUAUUAUUGGGGAGAGCGCGAGGUGGAAUCAGCUCAAUAGUUUCUGUGGAUUCCUUGACUCAUCGACUGAAUAGAAACAUUCAAUCUACUAGUUUGAAGAUGCUCAAGAUAGCCAUGUAUUUGCUUCUGUGUUUAUCUUAUUGUAGAAGAUGAUACAUUUCUGGGAAUUUGGUGCAGUAGUUGGGUAACAUGAUUUGUUGCGAAAAAUGGGUGUGUUUACUUUGGUCGUAUGGAAAAUGAUGGAUAAGAAAAAAUGAGAAAGUAUUAUCAUUUUCUCUUUGUUUUAUCAUAUGGUUAUUAGAGAUGAAAAGAUGAGAAAUUUUUUUUA